AUGCCCUCUCAACAACCACAACCACAACUACAACUACAGCCGGGUGUGAACGAGCACCCGCUCGUCCUUCAAAAGUCGCCCUUUCACUCUCGAUCCAACUCGACCUCCUCCUUCUUUGCCUCCCAUCCUAUCCAUACAACAAACACACAGACCCCUUCAACAGAUCCUCUGCCUCAAAAGCGACUCCGUGUCGCGGUCAUUGGCUCCGGUCUUGCGGGUCUCACCGUCGGUCACCUCCUCUCGUCCCUCCACACCGACCAGGGCCAUGGCGAUCUCGGUGUCGAUGUCCACCUCUUCGAAAAGGCACACUCCCUCGGCAUGGACUCAGCUUCGCUGGCAGUGAAUUGCCCAUGUCAGGCAUGUGCUAUUGCCCAAGGACGAUCUCAUGGAAGUGGCAGACCAGACCAGGACCAGGACCAUAUCCACAUUCAACCCAAUGACACGCAUCUCCAGCAAGGAAGGCGCAUGGAUGUCCCCAUGAGAAGUUUCUUCCCAGAGUACUACCCAAACUUGGUACGACUCUAUCGAUCGAUCGGCGUGAAGUUCCGUGACGCAGAGAAUACCCUCUCAUGUUUCAACGUCGACAACGACAACCAUGCCGCUACAACCACCCCAAAAGUCCAGGACCCCUAUCUCUCCUCAAGAUCCUACAAAGCCUCCCUCACCAGCACGGUUACCUUGCCGGAUGUGCCCCCCUUCUCCAUCCUUAACCCCUUCCCCUUCAGCCGUCGCGUCCUGGGAUAUUGUCGGAUCGCCCGAGACUACCUCCGGGUUCUUUUUGUCUCCAAAGAGUUUCUUUCCAAGGGCCAAAUGAUGGAUAUUGGGAAACAUCCGAUCGAGUGGGGGAACGGACGAGUGGUUUCUUUAAGAGAGUUCCUAGAAGGUGGCGGGUACAGUUUUGAGUUUGCAGAAUUCUUUGUGCCCCUCUUUGCCUGUAUCUGUACUUGCAGUUUUGAACGCAUGAUGGAAUACCCGGCCUGCGUUGUACUCGAGUAUGUGGCGAGGUGCAUGCCCUUUGGGCGUAUGCAGGUUGUUGACUCGAGCGUCAAUGAUGUCGCAGAGGCAUUGUCGGAGAAUAUUCGGAGGGUACAUUAUGGGACCAAGAUUGAGCAUGUCCUUGAUAGCAGGGGUAGGAAGCAACGAAGGAGGAAGGCGAGGAGGGAGGAAGGUGGUGACGAUGGCCAUGAUGAUACCGCUGGAAAUAAGGACGGGGCAGAGACGAGGGGUUCGGGGCCAGUCAUAUUGGUCGAUUCGGAUGGGCAGGAGUGGGCGUUUGAUCAUGUCAUUUUUGCGACGCAGGCCAAUCAGGCCGCUGCCACUCUCGCAGGUGUUCAACGCAGAAAGCGAUAUAAUGACGACGACGACGAGGAUAGUGGUACCGGAAGCAAUGAGAGCGACCAACUCUUGGACUCGAGGCUUUCUACCGCCGCCACCAACAGUGUCAACAACCAAGAUGCCCCCCCAGUCGAUUCGAUCCCUCCCACACACCCGUUCUACGAGUCCAUUAGGACCCUCUCCAAAUUCCCCUACGAGCGAACCCAGGUGAUUGUCCAUACCGACACCACAUCCUUCCUCCCAAAAGACCCCCAGGACUGGCGGCUCCUCAACAUUGCCAAAUCCAGCUCUGCAGAUGUCCUGGCCUCACCCCUCAACCGGAUCUCUAAGGAGCUCGAGCGUGAGAUGGCGUUGCGGUCCAAGAAGGCCAAGUCUCCCCGCACGUCGCUUUUUUCGUUGAGGGUCUCGUCGCCUCUGAGUAAGAGCAACAGUCGGUUCCGGUUACCGCUGUCAAUGAGUCGGAGAGGAAGCAGUCAACUGGGGAUCACGACUAGCCAUUCCCUGAGGGCACACUUCGAGGAUCUGGAGGCGUCUCUCAAGGACAAGGCUGGAUUUAGAGAUCCGGCGACGAUGAGGAGGUAUAAUUCUGCCAUGGCGACUCAUUUGUUGAGAUGGGACAAGAACGUUGCAGGAGAGGCUGGGACUCCAGUUCUGCAGACCACGAACCCCUUGUUCCCACCUCGCCUAGGGACUGUGAUCGCUUCUGCGUGGUUUGAGAGGCCAGUGGUGGAUCCACAGUCGAUGAAGGCCCUGGACGAGCUGCAUCUCCGGAUGGACCGACAGACGAUCCGUCGACGCCGUCAUAACCGCCAACAGAAUCUUCACCAUGGUCAUCACCAACGUACGUCUUCUACUGCCUCUCCUACUACCCGUCGCUUCUUGCAGGACAAGGACAAUGAAGGCCAGGGAGGAGCAGUAAAUGACGAUGAUGAGGAAGUGGAGGAAGAGGAGGAUGUACUAGUAUCGGAUCGAGUCUGGUUCGUGGGCAGCUACGCCUCCCCCGGUAUCCCACUCUCUGAAGGCUGUGUCGUAAGCGCCGUCCAAGUCAUGGACCGGAUCAUCGCCUCAGAACCCUCCCUCUGCCUCGCACCCUCCACCACUGCCUCCGCAGAUUCCUUCCUGAAGAUCGACACCGAACGCCGUCAUGCCCGUCAACAACGCGAGCAGUCCGAGCAACAACAACAAAAGAAGCCAAGUGAAGGAAGGAGGAGUACAGUCAGCUCGACGUACUUUGCCGACUCGUGGAAGGAAGCGUUAUGGAUGGACGAGACCGAUCGAAACCGUGGGCAAGUAGAAGAUAGAUAG